AUGUUCAGUUCAAUCGAGUGUUUGGCCGACUGUAAGAAGAGUACGGUAGAGCGGGAAGAGCAAAUAGCAGAACCUGAGGCUACGUGAGUUUGAAGGCUUAAAUAAGUAUUAUGAGUAGAGUAAGGGUACAAAGUAAUAGAUAUAAAAAUGUUUAAUUUGAACCGCCUUUAAACAGUUUUAAAAAUAGGAAAACGUGAUACAGUAACAUGGAAUUGAGUACAGUAGGGUAAUGUAGGGUAGGUCUCGAGUACGUUUAUGGUAGGAAAAGCGUAGGGCUAACCCAAGGCUAAGAUUAUGGUAUAGGUAGGGCCGAGUAACGAUAAGGUAAUGUAGGGUUAGGAUAAACAAGAUAGAAUAGUGUAAGGUAACAUAGAGUUAGAGUACGGUAUGGUAGAGUAAUCGUAGAAAUAAGAUAGGGCUAGUGGUAGAAAUUUUAUUUUUAGGGUAGAGAAGGCAGGGUAAAUAAGGAAAGUUAGAGUAAGGUAGAACCAAUGUAAGGUAAUGUAGAGUAGGGCCAGGAUAGGAUGAGGCCAAAGUAGGGUAUAGUAAGGUAGAGUGAGGUAAAGUAAGGCAGCGUAAGAGACGAUAGGGUUGAGUACGGUAGGGUAGAAUGGGAUAGGGUAAGGUAAGGUAGGGUAGGGUAGGGCAAAGGAGGAUAAGAUAGAAAAGGGUAGAUUAGGAUAACAUAAUGUGGAAAAAGGUGGGGUAGGGUAGAGUAGGAUGGUAGGGUAGCGUUAGGUACAGUAGUAUACGGUAGGAUAGUACCAUUAAGACCAAAAAACCUCUCAUCCGUACUGCCUAUUUAUACUACCAUUUUCAGCCCAACCAACUUCUGCCUCGACUACCAAACCCCAUCUCCCUCAAAUAACCAAGCCCUGAUCCCUCAGACUUCAGCCGAUCUACAACAAUUUGCACAAAGCUUCACUGAUCCCACUACACAACUUCUGAAUGCAUCAUUGUUGUCCAAUAGCAGCUUACUACAAAGUGGAAUGUUAUACAAUCCGCUUCUUACUUGUAAGUUUUCUGGUAUUUAAGCAUUGCUGGUUUUUGUAAAGAAAGUUCUUGCCAUUUUAUGUUUUGUAAAGAAAGUUUUGCCAUUUUUUGUUCUGUAAAGAAAGUUCUUGCCAUUUUUUACUACCCAACCCUCCAUUUUAAUAAAAAAUCUUUUCUGAGUACUAAAUCAUCACACAAAAGCUAUGGAUAAUAUAUGAAUUUUUCAUUUUUUGCCCUGAUUUCUCUAUCAUCUCUUCAAAACCAGUGUUCCCUAGCCUAACCAGAAACUCCCUGAGGGUUCGUUAACACAAAACGUGCCGAAAUAAUCGAAUUAAAGCGAAUAUAACUUUACAUAAAACGCUUUGUGCUUUCGAAUCCCGAGAGGGGGGGGGGCUUCGAGAUUAUGGUAAAUUGUUUUUUGCGCCACAAUUUUUGAAACAGUCGGCAAUUGGGUUUGAUCUUGUUUAGGGGACCAAUUAGUACUUGAAAAUUAUUUAGUGGUCCAAAAGUUAAUAGAAAAACAUUUUUAUGACUGAACAAGAAAAAAAAUUCUCUAAGGACUAAAAAUGGCAAGAACUUUCUUUACAAUACAAGAAAUGGAAAAAACUUUCUUUAAAAAACAAAAUAGCGAAAACUUUCUUUACAAAGCAUGAAUUGACAAGAAUUUCUUUACAAGACGAGAAAUAGCAAGAACUUUCUUUGCAAAACAAUAAAUGGCAAGAAAUUUCUUUAUAUCCUAAAAAAUUUUUAAAAUUUAAUAUUUAACAAAUUUUCAGUGUGGAGCUGGCAAAACCUGGGCCGAAUCCGCCGGCCACGCACCACUUUCACCAGCGAACAGUUAAUGGAGCUGGAGCGUCAAUACUCCGAAACCAAGUAUCUUAGCCGCCCACUACGUUACAAGCUGGCCAGAGAGUUGAAUUUGACCGAGACCCAGAUUAAAAUUUGGUUUCAAAACCGACGAAUGAAAAACAAACGGACGCAAAACGCCUCGGGCUAUGGAAAGAAAGAGGAUGAAGAGGGGGAGAGUGAGAGGAAAGAAGAGUAG